UGAAAUGAUCUCUUAAACAUGAAGAAGGAACUUAAUACAUAUCUGGCGCCCAUUGCUAUCAGCAUCUCGUAUUCCGCAAUCCUCUUUACUGAAUUGGGGUUGCAACCAUUUUCUCCGAUCACCUCCGCCGUGUUUGUUGAGCUGUGCGCUCCGGCGAGAACUUUCUGGUCAAACUAUUAAUCCGUUGGAAGAGAAGCCGAUUUCAACUGAGUCAUAACAAUGCCGAACUCCCUUCAACUUCUUCAUGAGCUCUGUAUUCAGUUUUCGGAACCAAUCAUCAAAUCCCUUUCGAAAAUCUGCGAUAAACCUUCAGAGGGGUCGAAUGUCUCUGUUAAAGCCAUUCUUGAAUCCCUUCUACCUCGAAAAACCUCAGUUUCAGUUAAUCCUUCUGAGGAUGAUAUUUACUCCUCCAUCAAAGAUUUCGCACUAGCAUGUGCUUUAAUAUUGUCUUCCCGUUCCUCGACCUUUGAUCUUCUUUCAUGGAUUCCGGAAGACCUCUCACUUGCUGCCGAGUCAGCGUUUCGAAUGCUCUCGAAAGCGUAUGCCUCUGCAUCCUGCGAUGGGUUUUCGAAGAACAUUGAGGAGCUGGGUUUAGAUUUUAGUUUGAUACCGGAGGAGAAAAGAUUGGUGGUGGAAAUCAUUCCUAAGGUGCUUCCGUUGUUGAAGGAGAGGAUUAAGGAGAGCUCUAUAGAUAAAUCUGACGAGGUUGAUGAGGUUUCCGCUGCAUCAGCGAGGGUGCCUGUGGGGUUUGCUAUUGUUGCGGCCCAUCAACUUGGAUGGUUCAUUACUCAGAUUGAUUAUCCACAUUUAGGGAAGUUGUGUAAUUUGGUGAUUCCUUGUGCACUGACUGCUCUUGAUCACUGGUCACCGGAAGUCAAAGGGCAGGGCAUGGUUAGCUUUAUACAUCUUGCAAAAAAUGUCAAUGCUGCAGAGCUUGGUCGGUACGAUGAUGUGAUUCUUGAUGCGUGCUGCUCAAAUGUCCCUUCAAGUGAUGAGAUAUGGCCUUACGUUGUCGAAAUGUCGGUUCUUCUUGCAACUAGCAUUCAUAAAAUGAAUCCCCGUAGCUCAUGGAUUGAAAGGAUGGUUAAUGAAAUGUUGGGUCACUUGGAGCGGCAGCCAAGAAACAAGGAACGCCGUAUUGCAUGGCUUCAACACAUUGAACCUCUUUUCAACUGUAUGGGUUUGGUGUUGUUGGCUCAUACAAGGCGCAUAUUUCCACUUUUCUUCCAGUGGAUGAAUGCUGAAGAUGAUGAAACCACUUUACUAGUUCUACAGAGAAUACAAACAGUUGUGAGGUUAACAUGGAUAAGGAAUACGCCAUAUGUUGAAAGAUUGGUGGAUGAGCUUGCACUGUUAUACGAAAAGGCCGAAUCAAGAACUUUUGGUGAUGCAAUCAGAAAGCAUGUCGUUGAUGCACUUAUCCUGCUCCAACAGAGCAAAGGCGUGCAGUUUCAAGCAGCUUGGAACAAGCACAAGGAUCAUCAAAACUUGGUUUCGCUUACUACAUCUUUAACAGGAUUGAACAUCACAGAUUGUGUUGACUGUUAAGCCUUAGCAUAUUAUAGUUAGUGGGGACUCAAUAAUCUGAAGAAUCAGUGCAAAUUCUUCCCAUGAAUCCAGAGCUGGUUGGCAGUGCCAAAGUAUUUUUGGUUGGAGAAGUUUCUGGAGUACAGAGUUUCUUGACUUUUUUUUUUAUUCCCUUUUUCUUGCCAUUGAUUGCCUUUUUAUUCUUAUGUAAGUUAGUUUUUUCUAUUUUUUUUUAUAAAAAAACUCAGUACAGAAUAUAUUAGCUACAUGUAUAAAAUUAGUGCAUUUUUUAAUUUAUUACCUUGUCUCAA